AUGUACGUUUCCAUUUUGAGCGGAUUGGUUGCAACCGCACUCUUUUUGCAGCUCGCUCGUGCAGAUGUGGCCCCCAAUCUUCCAGAAAGAGGAUCAACUUUUGUCACCAACAACAAAACCCUUGAAAUACCAGUCGUCUGGCUCGAGUCGGGAUUACAACCUUUGCUUCCGCAAAUCGUCAACUAUACGUUUGCACUUUGUAGAGGACCUAGAGACGAUAUCGAGUCAGUAGUGAAGCUAGGAACAAACAUAAGAGCAAGUAAACUAUCCAAUACUACUCACAAUUCCUUUGAAGCUAAGUUAUCCAAUACAAAAGCAUUAGAAGAUGACUACUACUACAUUCAGAUUGUUGCUUCAGGCAAAGAGUUCAACACAAUUCACUACACCAAUAUCUUCUAUCUUCUGAGCGAAGAAGUAUACCCAGACCAAGACCUCCUCUAUGCCCGUCCGCCACCCCCCGUAACCAAUUUCUAUAGCCAACUGAAAGAAACAUCUACAAUUGAUACCAAAUCAUAUUUUGUACCCUAUCUGGAACAAACUGGUUCAGUCAAGUAUGCGCCAAUGCAGCCGUUACCUUCUAAAUCUGUC